AUGGCGAAUUCUAUUGCAACAGAAAUCAUUCCACUGAGCCCAGUUCUCAUCACAGGUGGAUGCGGAUUCAUUGGUUCUCAUCUUGUUGAAGAGAUCCUCGCUUCGGAACCUACCUGCCAAAUUCAUGUCAUUGAUAUCAAUACUACACCCAACCGUCUCAAUGACCCGCGUGUCACGUACCACACCGGCGAUAUUUCAAGGCUAGAAGAUGUUGAAGCUGCAAUGUCUGCUGCCCGUCCCUGCACGAUCUUCCAUGUCGCUUGUCCUGACUCUAUGGUCACGUUGGACGUGUCAGUCUUUCAAAGAGUUAAUAUCAAUGGCGCUCAGAAUUUGCUUGACGCAGCAGAGAAAAUUGGCAGCGUGAAGGCGUUCAUCAAUACCUCAACCUCGUCAGUUAUUCACGACAACAUCUCAGACCUCAUCAACGCCGACGAAAACCUACCUGUUCUCCAAUACCCCGUCCAGAAACGAGUAUACACACUCACAAAAGCAGAAGCCGAAGCCCUCAUCUUAGCCGCAAAUCGAAAACGUGGGGACUCCUCCAUGCUGACUGUAUCAAUGCGACCCGCGACGGCCUUUGGCGAACGAGAUACAAUCUGCAUGGGCAAGAUUGUCUCCUCAUGUCGACAAGGCAAAGGAAAAUUCCAGAUCGGGCCCGGGAAAAAUCAAUACGAUUUUAUUUACAUCAAAAACCUUGUUGAUGCGCAUUUAUUGGCGGCGUAUGCUCUUUUACGAGCUCAUGGCAAGGCAGCUCCGCCAAAAGGUAUGAGGAUCGAUGGGGAGACUUUCAAUGUUACCAAUGAUGAACGAAUAUUGUUUUGGGAGUUUAACCGUCUUAUCUCUGCGUCGGUGGGGUUCUCGAUUAAGAACGAGGAUGUUAGAGUUGUUCCGAAGUGGGUUGCUUUGUUAAUGGCUUUUAUAAGCGAGUAUAGUACUUGGAUUCGUAGUUGGGGAUCUGAACAGGCUCUUGUGACGCGAGAAGCUGUACGAUUGACGACUAUUGAACGAACCAUGAAUGGUGAAAAAGCGAAGAGGCUUUUGGGUUAUAAGCCUAAGGUGAGUAUCCGCGAGGGGAUCGAGAAAGGCGGCAAGUGGUUCAUGGAUGAGGCGGCGAAAGCUCUCGAGACCAAGAAAACUGUAUGA